AUGGGGGCAAGAUUAGAACAACAACCAGUUCGACGGGAAGUCCCUGAAGAACAACCUAGGAGAGUAAUAAUGGUUAAUAAAGACCAGGAUGCAGACGAAGUAAUUCAUAGGGUUAGGCGAGAAAACAUGAUGGAAAAUGACUUAACUACUAUGAUAGAGAGAAUCAUGGCCCAAAAUGGUCUGAAUACAGGACUUCGACGGCCAAAUUAUUCCUCUCCUUUAUCAGAAUACGUCCUACAAACUGGAUUACCAAGGGGUUGUAAAAUCCCUAAGUUCACCAAAUUCUCAGGGGACACUAGUGAAUCCACUAUAGAACACAUAGCCAAAUACAUAACUGAGACGGGGGAUUUGGCGAACAGUGAGAACCUAAGAAUGAAAUAUUUUCCCAGUUCUUUAACGAAGAAUGCCUUCACGUGGUUUACAACUUUGCCACCAAAUUCCAUAGAUACUUGGCCUCAUUUGGAAAGAUUGUUUCAUGAACAAUUCUACAUGGGCCAAACUAAGAUAAGUCUUAAGGAAUUAGCCAGUAUCAAAAGAAAAUUCACUGAACCUAUAGAUGAUUAUCUGAAUAGGUUCCGUUUGUUGAAAUCUAGAUGCUUCACAACAGUGCCUGAACAUGAAUUGGUCGAAAUGGCCGCUGGAGGUUUAGACUAUUCCAUUAGGAAAAAGUUAGAUACCCAAUAUCUAAGAGAUAUGGCCCAAUUAGCAGACAGGGUUCGACAAGUCGAAUGUUUAAAAGCUGAAAAGGCCAGAGCGAAUAAGAGUUAUAAGAAAGAAAGGGUUACUUGUGUCGAAUUCGAAGAUGGGGAGUCUGAAAUCUCUAAUGACCCUUAUGGUCUCGAGGAAUUCGAAGUAGAUUUGGCUGAAUUAAAAGAAGCGCCACCUUAUGCUUGUAAAUUACUUACACCUUCGAAUGGAAGGAACCCUGUCGAAAUUGAAAAGAACGAUAGAUUUCCUAAAAAAACUUACACAUUUGAUGUUACCAAAUGUGACGAAAUCUUCGAUCUAUUAGUAAAAGAUGGCCAAAUGAUAGUGCCUCCUAAUACCAAAAUUCCUCCAUUAGAACAACGUAAGAAAAGAGGCUUCUGUAAAUAUCACAAUUUUUUAGGCCAUAAAACCUCACAAUGCUUUCUUUUCAGGGAUCUUAUUCAGAAUGCAAUUAAGGAUGGCCGCCUCAAGUUCGUUGACAAGGGAAAAAACUAG